CGGCGCAGGCGCAGAGCGGCGUCUUGUGUACUCUGUCUCUGGCGGCGCCUCGUCCUGCUUGCUGUCGGAAGGGACUUUGUCACAUUUUUGGUGUUGUGUUCCACAUGUCUGAAAUGGAGGAGCUGUCCAUGCCUGAAGGCGGGGAGACGGCGAUAUCAAACGGAAUGUCCAAUGGCAUUUCAAAUGGAACUUCAGAACAUCGUGAACACAAAGAGCACAAACACAAGCACAAGGACCGGGACAGGGAGAAGGACCGCCACCGGGACAAGGACCGCCACAAGACCUCCCACAAGGACAAGGAUCGGGAAAAGGACAAAGACAGGCACUCUUCUAGUCACAAGAGCUCACACAAGGACAAGGAUCGGGACAAGGAACGCAGCAAAGACAAGGAUCAGAGCGAAAGGCACAAGGACAAGGAGAAGAGCGACAAGGACAGGCACAGGGACAAGGACAAGGAGAGAAGUGACAAGGACAAACACCGUGACAAGGACCGGGAAAGGAGUGACAAGGAAAAGCACCGGGAUAAGGACAAGCACAGGGACAAGGACAGGGAGCGCAGUGACAAGGAGAAGUCUCGGGACAAGGACAAGGAAAGACACAGAGAUGAAAAGAAACACAGCAGCAGCAGCAGUGGGGAGAAGAAGGACAGGGACAAGGACCGCCAUUCCUCCUCGACGCACAAAAGCCACAGGGACAAGGACAAGGAACGUGAAAGGCACAGAGAGAAAGAAAAGAACCGUGAGAAGGAACGGGAAAGAGAGAAGAUCAAGGUGGAAACGGAGGAGACAUCCCUCCGAGACUUUUAUGAACAGCCUCCCAUGGAAGAUGUAACGGUGAAGGAGGAGCCGGUGGAGUCAGAGGAGGAGGACAAGCUGGUGAUCAGUGAGCCAAUGAAGGAUGAGCCUCCUGAAGAAGAUGAGGAGGAGAUGCCCCUGGUGAGUAAGAAGGAACCUGAGGAACUACCAGAGGAUGAUGAUGAGGAUGAUAUGCCAUUGUCACAUCGCAAGCACAGAAAUGAGGAAAAUGAUGAUGAUGAUGACAAACCUCUUGCUAUGCGCAAGAAAAUUAAGACAGAACCAAAGGAGAAAAAGAGAAAAAAGAUAAAGGAGGAGGAUGAUGAUGACGACUUCAAGCCAGAAAAGAAGAAAAUCAAGAAGGAAAAGAAAGAAAAGAAGAUGAAGGGAGCAAGGAUGACUGCUCCACCAGGAGGUGCUCCUGAGUCACCAACCAAGAAGACAAAGAAGGAGGAGGAGCCAGUCUGGAAAUGGUGGGAGGAGAAUAAGAGAGAUGACGGCCUGAAAUGGACCUUCCUAGAGCACAAAGGACCUUUGAUGGCACCAGCAUAUGUUCGAUUGCCUAGCAAUGUCAGAUUCUUCUAUGAUGGGAAGCACAUGGAGCUGUCUGAGGAAACUGAAGAAGUGGCUGGGUUCUAUGCCCGCAUGAUCGAGCAUGAGUACACCACCAAGAAGGUCUUCAACUCAAACUUCUUAAAAGAUUGGAGAAGAGUAAUGACAUCCAAGGAGAGGGAGAUAAUCACUGAUCUUUCCAAGUGUGACUUCAGACAGCUACAUGCCUUCUAUGUACAACAAAAUGAAGAUAGGAAGAACCGAACCAAGGAGGAGAAGAAGGCCCUCAAAGAGCAAAAUGAAGCCUUGAUUGCUGAGUAUGGCUGGUGCAACAUUGAUGGACACAAGCAGCGCAUUGGCAACUUUAAGAUAGAGCCGCCAGGACUGUUUCGAGGACGAGGGGAACACCCGAAGCAGGGCAUGCUCAAGAAACGCAUCAUGCCAGAAGAUGUCAUCAUCAACUGCUCUAAAGAUUCUGUCAUUCCAAAGCCCCCAGAAGGCCAUAGAUGGAAGGAAGUUCGAGCAGAUCCCACGGUGACCUGGCUGGCCUGUUGGGUGGAGAAUGUUCAGGGACAGACCAAGUAUGUGAUGCUCAAUGCUGCAUCCAAACUUAAGGGAGAAAAGGACUGGCAGAAGUAUGAAACAGCCCGGAAAUUGCACAAAUGUGUUGACAGCAUAAGAGAACAAUACAGAUUGGAUUGGAAGAGUAAAGAAAUGCGGAUACGACAGCGUGCUGUAGCAUUAUAUUUCAUUGAUAAGUUGGCUUUGAGAGCAGGUAAUGAGAAGGAUGAGGACCAGGCAGACACAGUGGGCUGUUGUUCUCUCCGAGUAGAACACAUUACACUCCACGAACAGAAGGAUGGCAAAGAGUAUGUUGUUGUCUUUGACUUCCUGGGUAAAGAUUCCAUCCGUUACUACAAUGAAGUGAGUGUUGAAAAAAAGGUAUUCAAGAACCUUCAACUCUUUAAAGAAAACAAAGAGGAAGGAAAUGACCUCUUUGACAGGCUCAAUACUCAAAUCCUAAACAAGCAUUUGAAUGAGUUGAUGGACGGACUCACAGCCAAGGUGUUCCGUACCUACAAUGCUUCACGCACCCUCCAGGAGCAGUUGGAACUCCUUACAGAUCCUGAUGCUCCUGUAUCAGCCAAGAUCCUUCAGUACAACAGAGCAAAUCGAGCUGUGGCUGUGUUGUGUAACCAUCAGAGAGCUGCCCCAAAGAGUUUUGAUAAGUCUAUGGCAAAUCUGCAGAAGAAGAUUAAUGACAAGAGGGACCAGGUGGAAGAGACUGAGAGGGAAUGCAAACAGUUGAAAAAGAUAGCCAAAUCUGGAGGCUCCCAAAAGGAGAAGAUUAAUUAUGAGAAGAAAAAGAAAGCUUUGGAGCGCUUGAAGGAACAGCUGGAGAAGCUGGAGCACUCUGCCACAGACAAAGAGGAGAACAAGACCAUCGCCUUGGGAACCUCCAAGCUUAACUAUUUAGACCCUCGGAUCUCUGUUGCCUGGUGUAAGAAAUUCAACGUGCCCAUAGAAAAGGUCUACAACAAGACUCAGCGUCAGAAGUUCCAGUGGGCCAUUGACAUGGCCACCGCAGAGUACAACUUCUUAGGGGAGCCAAUGAAUAUUACCAAAAAUAGUUCUGAUGGUGAAGGUGAAGAUGAGGACUAUGAGUAAAUACUUUCUUCAUCCUGGGCUGCCAGGCCUGACCAAAGAUGAUGAUAUUGUACCAUUUGCACAAUUGAGGAGUAUUCUCAAUGAUCAUGCCAUUCACUCAUCCUGUAUUUUAGAGGGUCAUUUUAUAUUUAACAGUUUGUUAUAUUGAGGGAAGUGCAACUAUGGGUAGUAUCAGGUAAAUUAAGGGAAAUCUGUGUGUAUUAUAUUUAUUUAUUACACAAUUUGACAAUUUUAUUAUAUUUUAUCUGUUGUAAUAUGUUAGAAAAGUUAAAAACUAAUUUAGUCCUAUGUUUUGACAUUUCACUGCAACAGUUUCCCAGAGGUGGUUAUCUUUAUAGCAGUUUUCACUGCGUGUGUUUUAUAAUUGAAAUCUCAGAAAAGCAUAAUUUAUGGUAACUAAUUUUGCUACUUAAAGAUGGUAUGAUUAAGUUACCAUUUACUUUUAGUUAUAUUAAUUAGGGAGACUGAUAAAUGUACUUUGUGAUAGAUUGGUUUCAAGUGCCCUGAGGAUAUCCACAGCCUCAUCAGUAUAUCAAUAUAUCUAUUUAACGUUAU